AUGUCUGUCAUCAGAUUGGUUCUCUGCUCAUUCUACGCUGUCUUUGUUACAGUUUUGUCCACUGUCACUCUCCAUCUUUCAUCCCUAGGUCUUGCCAAGGUCGCACUUUUGGCCCAACCAUUUUCAAAGGAUUUCCCAUUCAUUAAGGACUUGGUCGAGCUGUCACACUCGUUCACAUCGUUCACCUUUACUCAUGUUUUGUUGUUCGCCGUCGUCAUUGGUCUGUUGGCCACCAGCAGCAAGGUCUCUGAGACCCAAAGACCAGCCCCAGUCUACUCAACAAAGAAGCAUAACUGA